UAUGCAUAUUGAUUAUAGCAUGUUUGUAGCUCAAUCAAUCACUAUGCCGACUAUGCUGAGCGAUGUUAUAUCGGUUUAGUUUCUUUGUCAGAACUGGCAUGACACCAUAACUGCAGUAUUCUAAGAGCAGUCGUGAUGAAAAGUACAUCCAUAAAAGAAGCUAGCAACUAAUUUGAACAAUUUUGUGAAGAAAGCAUUUUAUUAACAUGAGAUCAGAUAUCAUGAAGUUUUCUUUUACAAUCAUCAUUUUUGUCUCAUGGUCCACGCUAACAACAGCCAAUGAUAUUCAAAUCUCUUUGGAAUUUCCUAACUAUGUGAAUGAGUUCGGACAUCUGUGUAAAAAUGAAAUAAUUUCCUUCAAUUUUACUGAUGCAAAGAUAAUCUCUAUUGGUCGGAAUUUUAUCAGUAGUCCGUGGAUUACUUGCCUCAAUUUCACGAACACUCACCUCCAGAGUAUCGAGAAGGGCGCCUUCAACAACCUGCCUAAUUUGACUCAAUUAAUUCUUUCUAACAACGAAAUCUACUGGGAAAAACUCUUCGACUUUGGAGGUCACAAAAACUUAAAGAUCCUUAUUCUGAAUAAUGCAAUAUCAUCUAAUAACUAUUACGGCCAUUCGUCAGACAUUUCCGAAGACUAUCCUAAUUUAGAAAUCUUGUCUGUUCGUAGAAAUUAUAUCUAUGACUUGCGAACUUCUAUAAACGAAACUCCAUUUCCAAAACUAAAGAUUCUAGAUCUUUCCGGCAACAACAUAAAAAGUACCAAUUUUGUAAAAUUGCUGCCAAAUAGUUUAUACUUUCUUGACCUCCACGAUAAUGGGCUCACUUCUUUGGUUUUUAAUAGAAAACAAGUGAACUUAUUGGCAUUAAAUUUGGAUAAUAAUAUUCUGAAAUAUAUGAAGAAGUAUAAUAAUGAUUCACGUGAUCAUUCGGAUGGUUUAUAUUAUAAUCGACGUUAUAACAUGUAUGAUGAAUCUGGUCAGGAUAUUUAUUCACAUAGUCUAGUGAUGGCUGGCCUGGAAAAUCUACAUUAUCUUUCCAUUUGCGGAAACAACAUUGGUUUUAUUGAACCGAACACUUUCGAGGACAUUAACAAGUUAGUCUAUUUGAACUUAUCCACAAAUAAAAUAACUUACUUAUAUUCGGAGACAUUUAAAAAAUUGCAAUCUUUGAGAACGCUCGAUUUAAAUUUCAACAAGCUCGAGGAUGUCCCACAGAUUUCAAAUGAAACAGUAAUCAGUAUUUUGUCUCUUAAUUGUAACAAUCCUAAAAAUAUAAUUUCGAACGCUUUCAUACAAAUGCCGAAAUUGACGAAAUUGUUAUUAAGAGGGAAUCAGAUCGAGGAGAUUAAUGUUAAAGCAUUCGCUCACCUUUCGCUUUUAGAAAUAUUAGAUCUGUCAAAGAACAAAUUGAGUUUUCUACCGGAAGGAUUCAGUGAAUCUUUAACAUCUUUAAAAUAUUUGAAUGUGGAAAAUAAUCAAUUUACUUCGUUAGAAUCUUUAUCUUUGACAAGUGUAUCAUCAUCAAUGGAGGUGUAUGUGGCGAUGAAUCCACUUAAAUAUUUAAAUGUUAACUACUUAAAGAGUUUGCCGCAGAAUCUUACCGUGAAUUUGGUGCAGACAUCAAAUUUUGCACACUGGAAUUUUGAUAGAUGCUGAGGAUCAUAAAGCAACAUAUUAUUAAUGUUAAAGCAUUUGCUCAGCUUUUUUAGAAAUAUUAGAUCUGUCGAAGAACGAAUUAAGUUUUUUACCGGAAAGAUAUUGAAUAAAUCUUUUUUUUAAAUAUUUGAAUUUGAAAAAUAAUCUCGGUUUACUUGGCUAGAAUCUUUAAUUAUCUCUGAUAAAUAUGUCAGUAUUAAUGGAGAUGUAUCUAGCGAUGAAUCCACUGGAAUAUUUAAAUGUUAACUAUUUUUUACUCAAAAGCUUGCCGCGCAGAACCUUAUUUGAAUUUGGUGCAAUUAAGGAUCAAGUUUUGCACAUUUGGAAUUCCGAUAGAUGCAAGGCGAAAUACUUUAAUUAUUACAAUGUAAUAAAUAUGUCAUUUUUUGUAAAUUCAACAUUUUUACAUAAAACUUUUUUUAUAAAAAGGCUUACAAAAAUCCGGCGUCUCUAUAAAAAGAUGAAAUUUUUUUUGAAAAUAGGUUGAAGAGGCUGUGACAGAUAUACAAAAAUAUGUUUCUAUGUUUGAAAUAAGAGAAUUGUAAUAAUAAAUUUUCCACAUUCUGUAGCAUCGAAAAUUGAAUAUAU